AUGGGGCUACUGGGCGAAGAGUAAUCGAAAGUAGUCCUGGAAGAACUCUGUAUUAUAUUCCCUAGUGUAAUCCCCCAUUUGGUGUAUAUACUUGCCAUCUAAUGUUUGUAAUCCCAGAAAUAGAGACGAAGAGACCAAUCGAUGUCCCGGCCCGGACGGAUCAGAUCCCUCCAUGUAUAAGUUCAUACUUGGACACGUUAGAUAGUACGGAUCAUGGUCUCUCCAGCUGAUUUUACCCUUCAAAAGCUAUACGAUCUCAACGGCCUCGUUGCCCUCGUGACAGGAGGCGGAACCGGCAUCGGUCUGAUGAUCGCACAAGGCCUGGCGGCCAAUGGUGCGCGCGUGUAUAUCACCGGCAGGCGAGUUGAAGUCUUAGAUCGCGUCGUCAACGAGUGGAACCAGAAGAAGGGCGAUUUGGUGGGAAGCAUGAUCGCCGUAGGGAUGGAUGUCACGGACAAGGAAGAUAUACAAGCCGUCGUGGAUAAGUUGACAAGGGAUGAAGGCAAGCUGCAUAUCCUCGUGAACAAUGCGGGACAGUCGGGUCCCAGGUCACCGGAACUCAAUAAGCCCACGCCCAGGUCACCGAAGAACGCAGACGAACUUGGCAAGUACCUCUUUGGACAAGAAUCCUUCGAAGAAUGGUCUAGUUUGUAUGCAAUCAACGCGUUCUCGACCUACUUUGUUACCGUGGCGUUCCUCGGCCUUCUCGAGAAAGGGUCUCACGACAGAACUGGAUUCACGUCGAGUGUAAUCAACGUUACCAGUAUCAGCGGCUUAAUCAAGCUCGCCCAGCGACACUUCGCCUAUAACAGUGCUAAGGCCGCCGCAUCACACAUUACGAAGAUGCUUGCCACCGAGUUCGCGCUCAAGGGUAUCCCAGUCCGAGUGAAUGCCAUUGCGCCCGGCGUGUACGAGAGCGAGAUGACCCAUGACGUCAUAGACGGAGAGCAGGCAACGGACGCGGUUGGUAUGCCGGUAAUAUCGGUGCCAGCGAAGCGGCCAGGGUCCGCGACGGAGAUGGCAGGGACAGCGGUAUAUCUUGCAUCUCCCGCCGCAGGUUACAUGAAUGGACAGGAGAUUGUGAUAGAUGGCGGUUAUGUGGCUGUUAACCCUGCUAGGGUUUAA